GUUUGUGUCAGUCGCUUGUUUCCCUUUCGGAGAGUAUUCCGUGUAGCACACGUCUUCUCCUCAUGUGUUUACUUUUAGGAUCCAGACUCCUAAAUUCUUAAACUAUGGAAAACGUUACCGAGGGAAAAUGGGAGAGUUUGCCCGUGAAGUUGCAUGACAGCAUAUUACAGACUCUCAGGGAGCUGAAAUUUACAUAUAUGACCCCUGUUCAGUCUGCCUGCAUCCCUCUUUUUAUGAAUAAUAAAGAUGUGGCUGCCGAAGCGGUGACUGGCAGCGGGAAAACCUUAGCGUUUGUGAUUCCUGCGUUAGAAAUUCUCCUAAAGCGAGAGGAGAAAUUAAAAAAGAUGCAGGUCGGUGCGUUGGUCGUAACCCCCACCCGAGAGCUGGCACUGCAGAUCAGCGAGGUGAUGGGACGAUUUCUGCAGGAGUUUCCUCAGUUUAGACAGAUUCUUUUAAUCGGCGGGAGCAACCCUAUUGAGGAUGUAGAGAAGUUUAAGACUCAGGGAGCCAAUAUCAUAAUCGCCACCCCUGGGCGACUGGAGGACAUGUUUAGGAGGAAGGCUGAUGGGCUGGAUCUGGCCACCGCUGUGAAGUCUCUGGAUGUUCUUGUCCUGGAUGAGGCCGACAGAUUACUGGACAUGGGCUUCGAAGCCAGUUUGAACACUAUUCUGGAUUAUUUACCCAAGCAGCGGCGCACGGGGCUUUUCUCCGCCACGCAGACACAGGAGCUGGAGAAGCUGGUGAGGGCCGGUCUGCGCAACCCCGUGCGAAUCACAGUGAAGGAGAAAGGGUCGGCGGCCUCGAGCGUGCAGAAAACCCCAGCCAGACUCAGCAAUUAUUACACGAUGUGUCGAGCGGAGGAGAAGUUCAACGCUUUAGUGGCGUUUCUCAGACAGCACAAACAUGAGAAGCAGCUUGUGUUCUUCAGCACCUGUGCUUGUGUGGAGUACUUCGGCAAAGCCCUAGAGGUGUUGGUCAAGAACGUCAGCAUCCACUGCAUCCACGGGAAGAUGAAGCACAAGCGAAACAAGAUCUUUGCGGAUUUCAGGGCGCUGAAGAGUGGGAUUCUGGUGUGCACAGACGUCAUGGCCAGAGGCAUCGACAUCCCAGAAGUCAACUGGGUGCUUCAGUACGACCCGCCGAGCAGUGCAAGUUCCUUUGUGCAUCGAUGCGGUCGAACUGCACGCAUUGGAAACCUGGGCAACGCACUCGUCUUUCUUCUGCCAAUGGAAGAGUCAUAUGUAAAUUUCUUGUCCAUUAAUCAAAAGUGUCCUCUUCAGGCGUAUCCUCCAGUGAAAGACGUGGUCGAUGUUCUGCCUAAACUGAAGGCGAUGGCUUUAGCUGACAGAGCGAUGUUUGAGAAGGGCAUGCAAGCGUUCGUGUCGUACGUGCAGGCGUACGCCAAACACGAGUGCAGUCUGAUAUUUCGCAUUAAGGACCUGGAUUUUGCCGCUCUGGCCCGUGGCUUUGCUCUCCUCCGUUUGCCCAAAAUGCCUGAGCUGAGAGGAAAGACCUUCCCGGACUUCAAACAGGAGGACAUCGACACGGACACCAUCCGCUUUAAAGAUAAAAACAGGGAAAAACAGAGACAGGCGAGGCUGGCGGAGCUGAAAGAAAAAAAGACGCUGUUGAAGAAGAACUUCGUCAAGAACAAAGCCUGGUCCAAGCAGAAGAACAAGAAGGAGAAAAAGAAAAAGAAGGCUGCUAAAAGAAAACUGGAUGAGAGAUCGGACGUUGACGACGAAGACCUGAACGAGCUUUUAAACGACACGCGUCUGCUGAGGAAACUCAAGAAAGGGAAGAUCAGCGAAGAGGACUUCGACAAGCACAUGAGUUUAGCGGACGGCUCACGUCCCAAACGAGAUGGAGACGGAGAGUGAACGGUCAUUUCUGGGACUUUAUGCACAAAACGUGACUGCCAUUUGACUUAAAUAUGCAAACAUGCUGUAUCAGCAGUGUCGUUUUUAUUCUAGUUGUCUGUGUACUGUACAUGCAUUUUUGACAAAUACACUUCUGUAUUAAUUAUCAACCAAAUACUUCAAUGCCCAAAUAUAAUAAAUAAACAUUUCUGUCGGAAAA